AUGCUGCUUCCACGAACACUAGUUCCUUUGUUUGAAGGUGAGGAAGGGCCCUCUGUUGGUGGCGAUGCAAUGGUCGACGUCACUGGGGGAGAAGAAGAAGAUGGCACUUGUGAAGAUGGCGCUCCACUCGGUGGUGAAGGUGGUGAGCUACCAGUUGGGCUUGGGGCCUCUGUGCUUGUUGGGCUUUCAGCUGGAGGAGCUGCCGUUGGUGGGGUUGAUGAAACUGAAGGAGGCAUAACUGGAGGUGAGGAAAUAGAUGAUGGUGGUGGUGUGGCUGUGGUGGUUGGUGGCAUGGCUGUUGUGGUUGGUGAAGGAGCUGUGGCGGUUGGAGUUGUUGGUGGCUUGGCGGUGCUUGGUGGCAUGGCGGUGCUUGUAGGUGCUGAUGAUGGACCUUGA